UAAAGUGUCGGCUUGACAGUAACAUUUACAGUGUAGUGUAAAAAAAAAAGUUACCACAGAGAUGAGUAAUCUCAAAGUUAACUCGCUCCUCGCGCUGCUAUUGAUUAUUCCAUUAGGAUCGAUUCAAGUCCAGGCGAGGACGGCGUUUACUUCGACGAAUAAAGUAGCCUCGAUCGAGAGAAGCGACGAUGCGACUUCCUGCGCCAAUAGAGUCGGUGAAAGCUGCUCGUCGUCGUCGUGCGGCGUAUCGCUGGAUCUGUCGGAUAUGAACCUCGGGCCGGUGCUCGAUAAGCGACUCUUGAACAGUCCGUUCGUCGAGAAGCUUUUCUUGCGUCGCAACCACAUCGAGAAAUUCGGGCCCGGUGUUUUCGACGAUCUGCCGAAUCUCAAGGUAUUGGACCUGUCGCACAACAGAUUGAGGAUCGGGGACAUGCUGUCGUUCGGCAGCCACAGCCGUCUGGAGACGCUCGUUCUCGAUUACAACGAAGCCAGCAAUCAUUCGGCCGGUUCGAGUAUCCCGGCGCCUUCCCUCGACCUGCCCGAGCACCUGGUGUUUCCGAAUCUGAAGCAUCUGUCUCUGCGCGGAAUCCGCGUGGAUCUCUCGUUCAAAAAUUGGAGCAGAAGCUUUCCGCUGCUGGAGAAGCUCGAUUUGUCGGACGUCAGUUUGGAGCACGCCCAGCGUACCGAUUUCAUAGGAAAGGUACAGCAGUCGGUCAAGACUUUGAUCUUGCAAAACGCCAGCUUGUACCAACUGAACGUGACUCGAUUGAUCCACAUCGUGGACUUGGACCUGUCCGACAAUUAUUUCACCGACGUAUUUUAUAUCUCGGACCAGAGAAAACGUGAAUCUUUCUUGCGUUUGGGAUCGUUGAAGGAUCUAAAAAAAUUGAAUCUGUCAAACUGUCGAAUUAGUAGAGUCGAUAAAGAUUCAUUCAAAGAAGCUGCUAAUUUUGAAGAUUUAGAUUUGUCGAACAACGACAUCAGACAACUGGACGACAAUUUAUUUUCGCAAGUAUUCGCCAUGAGAAAUUUGGAUCUGAGCAAUAAUCCUUCCCUCUUGCAAUUGAGCUUCUUGAAAAAAAUGUCGAGUCUCUAUGUGCUGGCGUUGGACAGCAUGUCUAAUCGAAAUUUAGUCGAAACUCUGGACGCCGUGGAUUACAUCACGGCCGAGAUGCAGUUGCGAGCCUUAUCUCUGAGAAACAACAGCUUGACGUCGCUCCCGAUGACGUACUUGAAUAGGUCGUCGUAUCUGAGUCAGAUCGACCUGAGCGACAACAAGCUCACCCAUUUCCGGCCUUGGAUGAGCUUCUCGGGCUUGAAAAGAUUGAACAUUCGGAAUAAUCUCUUCGCGACCUUCAAUAACACACCUCUGCCGUACGGGAGAUCGUUGCAGGAAUUGCACCUGGGCAACAAUCCCGCGAAAGAGAUCGAUUUAUCAAUUUUGAGUAACCUGCCGAGCGCCAGUACUUUGAGCUGGGAAUAAAAGUGAACGUGAAAUUUUUUAUUUGCGAAGCUUUGUGAACUUUUUGUAAGAAUUUUGUUUUUUUUUUUGUAAUAAAUGCCAAUUUUUCAAGACUUCAA